CCAGGUAGUACUACAUCCCUGAUACAUUACUGUACAGCAGCAAAUCCACUCUCUGAACCAUGAAGGCAAAAGCAAGUCAGAUGAAGGCUCUUUAUGAUGCUAAUGGCUUCCUAACAGCUAUUGAUGUUCUGGGGAAGGACGAGCUCCAACAAGCCAGCAAAGAACAUGCAAAACUGGAGAACAAGUUUGGCAAGGAAUACACACAGUACAAUCUGCACAACACCCACAUGCAAUAUGAGUGGGUAAUGAAUCUGGCUGCUCAUCCCAAACUACUAGAAGCAAUCACUGCUGUGUUAGGACCCAACGUUAUUCUCCUUGACUCAAGGUUUAUCUGUAAAUACCCUUCCUCUGACGUCCCCCACAAAGAUAACACUGCUCCAUACGUUGCUUGGCAUCAGGACAUCAAGUAUUGGGGAUUUGAAGGAGGCCCCGUGGCUUCUGUGUGGCUGGCAUUUGAUGAUGUGGAUGCAGAAAAUGGAGUCCUGCAAGUUAUCCCAGGAAGUCACAAACAAGGCAUUUUGGAACAUAGAGUGGCAGAAAUGCCAGGAAACUUGCUGACUGCAAACCAGGAAAUACCCAGACACUUGGUGCAGGUGGAGGAUUUGGUUGAGUGUCCCCUCAAAGCCGGACAGAUGUCUGUCCAUGACGGACUGACUGUUCAUGCCAGUGAAGCCAACAUGUCAGACAGAAGAAGAUGUGGGUUUGUCAUCCGUUAUGUGCCCACAACUGCAUAUCCUGUCAAGGAUCCUGAACGUCCCAGAACAUUUCCUGCAACUAUCCUUGUGGCUGGAACUGAUGAAUUUAAGAACUUUCAAGACCACGCUCCUAACUUUUUUACCAAGACCUUUUAACUGCCUUUAGUUGCAUAAUCUGUACUGUAUAAAAAGAGGCAUUGAUUUACAUUAUGUUAGUGAAUAUAAAGACAUAUUUUUUUCUGUGUUCUGUUGAAUACUGACAUUGAUGUACUGCAUUGGAUGUUUACUGGAAAUUCAUAUUUUUUUAAGCUUCCUUUUCAAAUCUGAUAUACACCGGCCUGACAUUUGUCCUUGAUGGAGCAGGUACAACCCAGAAACUCUUGGGGCCUGGCCCUAUGCUAGCUCAUAGGGGGGUUUACAGGGAAUUCUGUAGCUGUGGGCAGGCUCCCAUAGAUUAAUCUGCAGUGAGAUGCCUUGCUACAGUCCUGCCAAUUGUUAUUUUAAAUGUAUUUUAUUUGUUAUUUAAAAGUGUUGAGGUUUUUACUCGGUUAUUUUAAAAAGAGAAUAAAUCAUUACUGUUCUUGCUAUUUUGCUCAAUAAAUCCUGCAUCGUGGCAA